AUGCGCACGCGCGGGAUGCCAUAUUGGACGGAGGAGCUGCGCGAGCGGCCCGGAGGGAGCGGGAGACCCGGGCAGGCCCCAAACUUGCUGUGAGAGGACACAGCUGGAAACAGUUGUCGAGACUACAGAUUACCAAGAGAAUAGCUUUCACAAGAUAGAGAUGAUGACAUCGGCAGGUGGGAAGAUUCAGAGCCCGUCCAAUGGCACGGCCCACUCAGAUAUGGAGUAUGGAGAAGCAGAAAUGGACUUUAACUGGGAUGAGUAUUUGGAGGAGUUAGGGGCCACUGCAGCCCCCCACACUUCAUUUAAACAUGUGGAGCUCAGUCUUCAGAGCAGCUUUCAGCCAGGAAUGAAGCUGGAAGUGGCUAAUAAAAACUCUCCAGACACAUACUGGGUGGCGACCAUCAUAACCACGUGUGGUCAGUUGCUAUUGUUGCGCUUCUGUGGUUAUGGUGAUGACCGCAAAGCUGACUUUUGGUGUGACGUCAUGACUGCAGAGCUUCACCCUGUGGGCUGGUGCACGCAGAACAACAAAAGACUGCAGCCACCUGAAGAUAACGUUUACCUCAGAGCAGCCAUUAAAGAGAAAUACAGUGACUGGACUGAGUUUCUCAUCAAAGAACUCACAGGAUCACGAACAGCACCAGCUAACCUGCUCGAAGGACCCUUGAGGGGUAAGAACACAGUAGAUCUGAUUGUGUCAGGGUGUGUGUUGGAAAUUCGUGAUGCUUGUGAGCCGUGUGUGUACUGGGCAGCCAGAGUCCAGCGGAAUGUUGGUGGGCGGUUAUGCCUCAGCUACAUUGGCCUGGAUGACCCGGCCCACUUCAUCUGGCUCUUCUAUCUGGACACCAGUCUCCGUCCCCUGGGCUGGGCCAAAGAGAACCGAUUCCCAAUGGAGCCGCCCACAGAGCUGCGUGAUAUGAAAAGCUCUGAGGAGUGGACAGAGGCUUUAGAGAAAGCAACUCCCGAAGCCUUGAAAAAACCCCUGCCCCUGGAAGUCUUUAAGGAUCAUGCUGAUUUGCAUAAGCACUCCUUCAAAACUGGGAUGAAGCUGGAAAUGGUGACACCUGGAGAACCCUUCCACAUCUGUCCUGCGUCUGUCACUAAAGUAUACAAUGAGUACUACUUCCAGGUCACAGUGGAUGACGUGACGGCUGAGGCCACGCCGCGCUCUGUAGUGUGUCAUGCUGAUUCACCGGCCAUUCUGCCAGUCCAGUGGUGCCUGAAGAACGGAGUUGGACUGGAGAAACCUAGAGGCUUUCAGUCUCAGGAUUUUGACUGGGCUGAUUAUUUGAAGUAUUCUGGUACAGAAGCUGCUCCAGAGGCCUGUUUCCUCAACGCAUCUCUCAGUAGGGGUUUCUGUAAGGAUACAUGGCUGGAAGCUGUGAAUCCUCUUCAGCCGGCAGAACUCUGCGUUGCACGUAUCACUCAGGUCAAAGGUCGGCUCCUCUGGCUCAGAUUUGAAGGACUAUCUAAGCCUCUAGCAGAUUGUGUAGUUGACGUGGAGAGUAUGGACAUUUUCCCUGUGGGCUGGUGUGAAGCUAACAGCUAUCCGCUAACAGCCAUACGGAAGGCUGUCUGUCAGUCUCAGAAGAAGAUUGCAGUGGUGCAGCCAGAGAAACAGUCAAUACCUUCACCUAUGGAAAACGUCCCUCUCGACCUUUGCCAGUCUGUCACAAUGGACACAGGUUCUGUGAAUGGAAAGUACUGCUGUUCUCAGAUCUUUAUAAAUCACCGCUGUUUUUCUGGCCCGUACCUCAAUAAGGGCAGAAUUGCUGAGCUGCCUCAGACUGUAGGGCCUGGCAAGUGCACACUUGUCCUCAAAGAGGUUCUGACGAUGUUAAUAAACUCAGCAUAUAAGCCUGCUCGUGUUCUCAGAGAGCUGCAGCUGGUGGAAGACCCGAAGUGGAACUGUCUGGACGAGACGCUGAAAGCCAAGUAUAAAGGGAAGAGUUAUCGUUCGAGUGUGCGGAUCGUGCGCUUGGCCGAGCAAAUCUCAGAUUUCUGCCGGACUGUGUGUGUGAGGCUGCAGUGCUGUCCAAAUCUGUUCGGCCCAAUGCUCAUCUCAGACACCUGCCCCGAGAACUGCUCGAUAUACACCAAGACCAAAUACACAUAUUACUAUGGAAAGAGACGGAAAGUGGGGCGUCCCAGCCUGGCAGAGAGCACACAGGACGGAGACACAGCCAAAUCUUCACGCCGCAGAAAGAAACGCAAAACCAUCUUUGUUCAGAAAAAACGACGCUCUUCUGUUGUAGGAUACAACAACACAGAGUCACCUCAGGACAGUGAUUAUUUCUAUGAGGAUGAUGAUGAUUCAGUCAGUGAGGAAGGCUCCAGCUCAGAGCCACAUGAGGAGGCCCCUCCCUGCUCAUACAUGGACGUGUCGAGAAGAGGCCGGCCACGCCGGUCCGUCGCCCAGCGCAGGAUUACACACCCCGGGACCACUGAUCAGUCACCUCUGCGGAGAACCACACGCUCACACUCCUACACACACAACCAGCCUGCGGGACUCACAAAGCCGGACCAUACAGAAGAGGAAGAAGGUCGCCUGGUUCUAGAGAGGAAUCCUCUGGAGUGGAGUGUUUCUGACGUGGUUGACUUCAUUAUGUCUACCGACUGUGCCUCACUCGCCAAGAUAUUCCAGGAGCAGGACAUUGAUGGUCAAGCUCUGUUGCUGUUGACCCUUCCCACCGUCCAGGAGUGUAUGGAUCUGAAGCUGGGUCCAGCCAUCAAACUCUGCCACCAGAUCGAGCGCGUCAAAGUGGCCUUUUACUCCCAGUACGCCAAUUAAGCUAACGCUGCUAACCAGGCUAACUGGGCUAGCUCUGUCAGAGGCCUUUCUCUCAGUGGAAGAAAAGAAAAGUGAAUAUAUACUCCUCAGGGUCUUGAUAUGGAGCUUCAGUCCUUCAGGAUAAUAACACAUGCCUAUUGGCUUUGUGGCGGAAAACUGAAAAGACGCCGUUUGCAGAACAAGACAGGAGGACCUUUACUUCUGUGAUAAUUUGACAUACACAAUGGAGGGAUCUUACCUAUGGAUACAAAACUUGAGGGGAGGACUGCAUUUUUUUGUUCUGUUGAGAAACAUAUGGAGUCAGAGAAGAAUCUUCAUCCCCCUCGCAAUAUCUUCAUUAUGCUUGAGGUUCCUGAAGCAGGCCUUUGGAAGAAAAUAUAUAGAAAAAAAAACAAAGACAUUGGAAGGAAAAAUAUGUCUCUGUUUUAUCUGUGAUUAUUGAAGCCUUUUGAAAAAAAAAAAAAGAAACUCUACUACUGUGUUCAGCUGUAAAGAUGCCUGUAUGUGACUAUUCUGUUAUUCAGAGACCAAAUUAUUAUAUUUAUAAAAGAUAAUUAGAUUUGGAGAAUCAGUGUAUAAAGUGAAAUAAUAUAUUUGAAAUAUUUAUUUUGGCCUGACAAACAUUUCUUCCAGAAUCUAGGUGCUCACAUGCUAUUUCAUUUGUUUAUAAAUUGGCAGGAAAUUUAUUCGUACAGCAAUCUUUAUUUCCAACAGCUUGUAAACCUGGACACUAUGUAAAUGUUCCUUUAAUCUAUGCAAAAUCUGGACAUUCAUGAUGAUUCAUUUUCUACUUCUUUGCUGUAUGACCAACACUUCCCUUGACUUGAGAUUAUUGUAAAUAGGCUGUAUAUAGAAUUUAUUAACUGAUAGUAAAAUCUAGUUUUAAUACAACCCACAAAUGAGUGGAACAGUGCUGUAGUUCACACAUCACCCAAAAAAACGAAAGAGUUUCUCAGUUUAUCAGAAUAGUUCUCAAACAGUCCCAUAAACGAGUGGGAUGGACUUGUACUUCACCCAUCGCCCAUAAAGAAAUGAAGGGAUUUCCAGAAUGUCAGCAAAGUUUUUAUGGAGUCUUAUUGCUUUCAAAAGUCAACAUAAAAAACCAAACCAUUUUUUACCUUGUUGGAAAAUGUGCCUGGUCAUAUUAAGCACAAGUCAUCAUUUUAUAUCAUUUAAAAGACAUGACUUACGACUUUAUCCGCCUCUGAAACUGAGUUUUGAUCACAUCACUAUGCGCCAGUGAUUGGGGAAAAAUAAUGUUAACCUAUAAUAUCAUAUCUCACCUCCCCCUCCCACCUCCUCCAUCUAUCAUAUAGAGAAAAUGCCCAGCUAGCUCAGAAACCUUCCUGAUACUGCGUUUUACUCAGAACUAUGUCAUGGUAUUGAAGGAAAAUGCAUUAUGAUUUCUGACUCACAUUGACUGAAGCAUUUGAAUGGGGAAUAAACAAGCAAGUGUACAUACCACAGUUAUGUUGAGUGGUACAUAAGCAGGGUUGGAUAGUAACAAAUAAUGUAAUAUGAUUUUGGAAUUUGGGUUUUAAAAUGAAAAAAAUAAUCAGUAAUAAAAAUAUAGAACUUACUCGUUUGGUUCAACUUCAUAUUAAGUGUCUCUAAUAACUGUAACAAUACAUGCAUCAGCUAUAUUGCUACUAUUGAUGUAUUCAUUGUUACAGAUGAAUGAUAAUAAUUCAGCUUAUGUACUUGUAACUUAUUAGUUUUUUAUAACUUAUUAUAUUUUUAUUUUUAUUUUUAUUUUAUGCUGGUGUAGUAGUAUUAGUAUGCCUAAGCAAAGUUCUGACUUUAAACCAUUCUGGAAUGUUACAGUAAUGUGACUGUUACAAAUGUGUAAUUACACAAGAGAAAAUAUACUGUUUCAACUGUCAGAUACACUUGUGUAAUUACAUGAGUAAACAUUGAAAUUGAUACGCAUGUGUAUUUACAUAAAUCUGUACAUCUGUAACAGUUAGUACAUCACUAGUAGUUACAUUGUAAUUGCAUGUAUUGUCAACAUGCAACUACACAGUUAUUAGAGACACAAUAUGAAGUGGGAUCACUCAUUUUUCUGGCAAUUCUUUCAUAUCACCUAUGAGUACCUAUGAGAAAAUCU